GAGACGUUGUCUCGGAUUUCCCUCGAUAUAGAACCGAAUUAAGUUGUUUUAACAAGUUUGAAACAGUUUAGAGGUGUAUAUUAAUUUUUCUAAAUGCAUAAUCUUUUCUGAAAAUAUUUUUUUAGCCCCCCCGCUCUUCAAACGAAACCAAGCAAAGCCUAACUCCCUCCCACCCAUUAUUGAAGUGUAAUUUAGGGGAUUUUUUUGAAAAUCCAACAUUUUGGGGUUGUUCAAGGCUGAGUUAAUGGUGUUUGACUUAGACUCGCAGUAUAGAAGUGGUUUAGAGUAGAAAUUGAGUGAAGUAGAUGUUGGGUUGGGUAUUGCAAUGAACGGAUGUGAAAGGUGUUAGGUAAUGAGAAUAAGUUUACGAUGAUAACUUGCGUAUUUCAUAAUUUUUAUUGGAUGUUUUGGUUGAUGGACCGUUUAAUAAUAAAGCAAGUUUUAGGAUUUACCAUUUCUUCGUUUGCAAAAGAGCUAUUUCUUAAUGCAAUGAUAAAUUGAAGAAACAAUAUUUCACUUGAAUUUUGAUGAUGACGUUGUUUCUGAUGGCUUAACCAAAUAAAUACUUAUUUUAAAUACAAGUAAUGUUAUGAUAAAACACGAAACGUCUAGUAAGAGAAGGUUAGCUCCAAGUUAACUAAUUUGCGCAAGUCGAGUAUUUUUUUAUUGCUGUCUUCGAGGCGGGUCAUACAUCUCAACUUGGGACAUGUAGCUACAGCCGUCAUUAACGCAUGGACAAUUUAAUAAAUCACAGUCUUCGAUGAACGUCUAAAGUCAGUUGAAAGGGUUAACUCUGCUUGCUAUGAACGCACUCCUGUGGGGAAUUCAGUCGUAACAAUCUGGCAACGCUGGCUUUAGCUGAUUUUUAGGUUAGGUUUGUUGAACGGUAAAAACCAAAUAUAAACAACAAAGUUUAUAAAAAAAACCUAUAUAUUCUUUAGAAAUGUCAGAAGAUAUAGAGUUUAGUGACAAAAAUGAAGAUUCUUCAAGUAUGACAUCCCAGGAAAAACAAAUGAAUGAAUCGGACCUUUCCAAGCAACUUGAUGCUGAUAAAUCAGAAAAAAAGAACGUUGAGGCUGGCAAUUGUUAUUGCGGCAAAGACCGAAACUUGAACAUAAUAGAACUCCUGUGUGCCAACUGCAAUAGAUGGUUCCAUGAAUCCUGUAUAGGGUACCAAUUAGGGAAGCUUGUACCAUUUUUGACGAACUAUGUAUUUUUGUGUAAGAAUUGCUCACCUACAGGACUGGAGACUUUUAAGAAAAGUCAAGCUCAAACAUUUCAAAUGUGUAUCACAGCUAUAGCAAACUUACAACAAUCGAGUCUGAAAGAAGGCACAAACAAAACAAUGUUCAGCAAAGAUAAGGAGAUCAUUCCUUAUCUAGAAUAUCACUGGGAGGCACUGACCACUACUCCAAGAAGAGUCACCACAUCUUGGCAUGUCACAGUUACGAAAGCACUCAUCAAAGAUAUCCACAUUCUGUUUGUUUUUGAAGAUCAUCCUGAUGAUGGGCAUAUGUAUGGACUGAUCAAUUCUGAUCUCACUCAUAUUAAGCCUAAUUAUGAAGCUAUGAUAAAAGGAGGGACUUUAAAAGUCACAGAUAUGGGUAUUCAACAUGUUCCAGUUUCUGGCGGAGUUAAAUCUCGAAAUGCCAAGAGGAAAUUCUUUGGAGAUGUUGGUGCUCAAGGAAAGAAGGGAAGAGGAGUAGAUUUGGGUGCUCCAAAGUUACCAGCUCAUGGCUAUCCUUUAGAUCAUCCAUUUAAUAAGGAUGGAUACAGAUAUUUGCUUGCAGAGCCUGAUCCACAUGCUCCAUUCAGACAGGAAUUUGAUGAAAGCUCAGAUUGGGCUGGCAAGCCUAUUCCUGGUUGGCUAUACCGUACUUCCAUUCCUGGUACUGUCCUUUUAGCAUUACAUGAUAGAGCACCCCAGCUUAAGAUUUCUGAAGACCGGUUGGCAGUAACUGGAGAAAAGGGGUAUUCUACAGUCCGCGCGACACAUUCUGUCAGUAAGGGAAUUUGGUACUUUGAGGCCACAGUUGAUGAGAUGCCUGAGGGUUCUGCAACUAGAAUGGGCUGGGGUCAAGACUAUGCCAACUUGCAGGCACCAUUGGGAUAUGAUAAGUUUGGUUACUCAUGGAGAUCAAAGAAGGGAACUAAGUUUCAUGAAUCACAUGGGAAACAUUACAGUUCAGGUUAUGGUGAAGGCGACACAUUAGGCUUUAUGAUUGUGUUGCCUCAAAACAAUAGUACAAAAUUGCUGCAAAAUACUUAUAAAGACAGGCCUCUAGUCAAGUUCAAGAGUCAUCUGUACUACGAAGAUAAGGACAACGUACAAGAACGAUUGAAAUCUCUUAAACCAUUACCAGGCAGCAAGAUAUUGUUUUUCAAAAAUGGUGAAUGUCAAGGAGUAGCAUUUGAGGGCAUAUACCAAGGAGCCUAUUAUCCUACAAUCUCUCUGCACAAAAAUGUUACUGUGUCUGUAAAUUUUGGACCUACAUUUAAGUGCACACCAUCGACAGAUUUGAAUUAUAAACCUAUGUCUGAUAGAGGAGAAGAGGCAAUUUGUGAUCAGACCCUUGCAGAUUUAAUCUAUCUGACAAAGAAUGAUGGUAAACUGAGACUUGACAGUUUCGUUCUCUGACACUGAAGCAUGCUUGGUUUUGCAUAGGUUAUCCUCAACAGCUGAUUAUAAUAAAUUGGUAUUAAGUUAAAAAUGGAAAGGUUGCAAUUUCAAAUACAAAAUGUACUGUUUCAUAUUCUGGUUAUGAUAUUGCAAUGCUAUAAUAUUGUAUGUGAUUCUAUCAGUUCAAUUGUGCUGCGCCUCAAUAAAAAAAAAAAGUUGAUUAUAUUCAUUAAAUCAAUAAUACUGUUCUUGGUAGGGCAGUACAUCAUUAUUUUUGUCUAAUUAGCCUAAUUGAUUGUUUUUUAUAAAUUAUACAAUGC